UCGAUCGUCCGAAUCGGCAUUGUUUUUACUUAAUUUUUGCAAUACGUCAAUAAAUUCAAGCAACUCAAAAUGAUUGUGGAAAUAUUAGUAUUCUUAAUAACAUUUAUUGCGGUAUUCAUUAUAUAUAUUCACAAACAAGCGAAGGACAAAUUUAGACAAUACGACGUGAAAUUCAUGCCGUGUUGGCCUAUAUUCGGCAACACCUACAACAGCAUAAUGGCGAAGAAACACAUGUACGAAGACAUCGACGCAGUUUACAAAGCUUUUCCGGAUGAGAAAUACGUAGGUUACAUCGAGGCCACAGAGCCCAUACUCCUGGUUCGCGAUCCUGAGUUGAUCAAGACUAUCACGGUGAAGGAUUUUGACCACUUCGUGGACCACAAGCAGUUCUUCCCUGCGGAGGUCGACCCUUUGCUCGGGGACAGUGUAUUUAGCAUGAGAGGUGAAAAAUGGCGCGACAUGCGAACGACCCUCAGCCCGGCGUUCACUGGCUCCAAGAUGCGACACAUGAUGCCUUUUAUGACCGAGAUCAGCCAGAACAUCAUCACGUAUUUGAAAGAAAAUGUAAAAGAAAACGAAGACGUAAAUAUGCUCGACCUCACCCGUCGGUACGCCAACGAUGUUAUCGCGUCAACUGGUUUCGGCGUCGUUGUCAACUCCGUCAAGGACAGAGACAAUGAGUUCUUCAAGCUCGGUGACGCUGUCUUCAAUUUUACCACAAAGCAGAGGAUCGUGUUCUUACUUUCCGGCAUUGCGCCAAAGCUUUUGAAUAAACUAGGGAUCCAGUUGUUUCCUGAAUAUACGAUCAGAUUCUUCAGAGAGCUGGUGUCAACUACAAUUGACUACAGAGAGAAAAACAAUGUUGAACGUCCUGACAUGAUCCACCUGCUGAUGGAGGCUUCAAAAGGAAAACUGAAAGAUAACUCUAAUGGAAACGAAAAAGAUAACGUUGGCUUCGCUACAGUAGAUGAAGCUUUGAAACCGCGGGGUGUAACAAGGAAAUGGACCUUCGACGAGUUGACUGGUCAAGUUUUCAUAUUUUUCUUGGGUGGUUUCGAAACUACCGGUAGCACUCUGGUAAUGAUUAUACACGAAUUAGCGAUAAACCCACACAUUCAGGACAAAUUGUACCAGGAGAUCAAAGAGUUCAAAGAGAAGAACGGCGCUUUGACGUACGACAACAUCGGAGAUUUGAAGUAUUUGGACUGCGUUUUGAAUGAAACAUUAAGGAAAUGGUCACCUGCAGUUAUAAUGGACAGAGUUUGUACAAAAGCCUAUGAACUGCCUCCACCUAGGGAGGGAGGCAAGUCAUUUAAAUUAAAACCAGGAGACAUAGUGUACAACGUGGUGAACUCUAUCCAGCUAGAUGAGAAGUACUGGCCUGAUCCGGAGAAGUUCAAUCCCGAUAGAUUCUCGGAUGAGAACAAGAAUAACAUCAAGCCAUUUACCUUUACGCCUUUUGGUGUCGGACCUCGAAACUGCAUUGGAUCGAGAUUCGCAAUACUAACACUGAAGGUCCUUCUCUUCGAUCUGGUAUCCAACUACAAGAUUGUCAAGGGCGAGAAGACACUUGAUCCGAUUGUCUUGGAACCUUUUAAUUUUACCAUUAAGCCUAAAGGAGGCUCUUUUGUGCGAUUGGAGCAGAGGGUUUAAAAGAUUCUUUUAAGUAGGGGGAUUCUAAGCGAGAACGAUAAAAUAAUUUUCAAAAAAAGCAGGUGUACGUACUACACGAAUAGGGUAAUAUGACUGCGUUGAUAGCUAUAUAAUUAUAAUUGAAAACAAAUAUGACAUUUGUUACUGUUUUGUCACGUCAAAUACAUAUUUACGAUAAUAUCUGAAUUGAGUUACUUUUUACUGU